AUGAGAGGCACGAUCUGGACAGCGCUCGUGCUGCUGCUCUCGGGCGUGGAUGCGCUCCGGGUAGGCGUGGCGCCGCUUUGCGGCGCGCAGCGCGCUGCCGCCGCGACGAUGCAGCUGGCGCCCGCUCCCGCCAAGACCAAGACACGACAGGUGACGGACGGCGGCGGGAGCGGCAAGGGCGGGUCCGGGCCGGCAGCUAUCGUGGCCAAGCCCAAGCUCAUGAAAAACACGGAGGAGGUGCCGAUGCACAAGGUGAUCCUCCUCGGCGACGAGGAUUACGAGGAGGAGCCGGUGUGCGAGGCGCUGGUGCGCGUCAUCCCCGACCUCAAGGGGGAGGCGAAGGAGAAGUACCUCGAGGCGCAGAAGACGGGCAAGUCGCUGCUGAUAGUGGUGCCGUUCGAGACGGGCGAGUUUUACCAGGAGCAGCUCGCGAGGGAAGACCCCAUGAUUUUUGCUGAGCUCGAACAGGAAUAG